AUGGCAGACGAGCCUCGCGGCUCCGCGGUCCACAGCAGUGCCACGCAUUUCGACCAACUCUCCAACGUGUACGACGAGCUCGUCGGACUCCUGACGGGCGACGUGGGACGCUACGCAAUUGACCAUCUCAUCCCCACACCGACGUCGGAGAUCGUCAUCCACGACAACGCCUGUGGCACGGGCCUCAUGACGGCGCACCUCCAGCAGGUGGCUUCCCAGACGGGCACAUCUGCCAAGAAGAUCCACGCGACAGACCAUGUCCCCUCGGUGACGCAGGUGAUGCAGCAAAAGGCCUCGCGGCAUGGCUGGAUGAACGUCGAAAUCUCAGUCAUGGACAGCCAAGAACUCACGUUACCCGACGGCUUGUUCGACCUCUCCAUCACCAACUUUGGCAUCUUCUUCCUGCCCGAUCCGCAGAGGGGGGCCGAUCAGAUAUAUCGCACGCUGAAACCGGGCGGCACCGCCGUUGUCACCACGUGGAAGGAGCGGCGUAUCAUGGACACGAUCGUGGAGGCGCAGAAGAUCAUCAGGCCGGAUCUGGAGACUUUGUACGCCCCGUGGGCCGAGCUGUGGUCCAAGGAGGAGACGCUGCGCAACGUCCUGGUGAAUGCAGGGUUCCGGGCGGAGAGUAUCAAAAUCGUCGAGAGGAGAACGGAUGCGAUUGUGGAGCCCUUUCUCGGCGAUCCGGAUAUGGUGGCUAGAGCAUACCCUGCGGCAACGAAGGGGUGGACUGAAGAAGAGAGAGCCAGACUGGGGAAGGAGAUGCUGCGGAUUGCACAGGAACGCGAUCCGCAAGGCAGAGGGGCUGGCGGGCUGUAUUCGACGGCAUAUAUCGCGGUUGCGAAGAAAUAG